AUGCAACCUGCACUCGCGCCAGCGCCGCAUCCAAGCAUGCAGACUUCUGCUCAGGAUCCCGCGGAUCAGGUCCUCCAUGACCAGCUUUUAGCUGCUCAGCACCACUUGGGCGGUCGUCCCCAGGGUGCUCCUGGACAGCAACAGCAUUUGCAGCCCAGCAAUGCUAGCCCGCGAGACCAGCCAAAUAUCGACCCUGCUAUCUCGGGUGCCAUGCUCGGCGCCCCCCAAACGCCGACCCAACCCCAGGGUUCUCCCCCUUCUGACGGCGGCUCCAAGAGCUACGGGAAGCGUGAGCUGUCCACUUCUAAGCGUGCUGCCCAGAACCGUGCUGCUCAGCGCGCAUUCCGCCAGCGCAAGGAAACCUACAUCCGCAAACUCGAGGAAGAGGUUAAGAACAUCGACCCCCUCAAGGAUCAGGUCAAGUCCCUGGUGGGUGAGAAUUACCAGCUGCGCGAAUACAUCAUCAAUUUGCAAUCGCGUCUUCUAGAAGCCCAGGGUGAAGUCCCCGAGCUUCCCGCCAACAUCGAUUUGAGCCAGCCCCGCACCACUGAGAUGGCUCUUGCCAAUGCCGGAGUUCAGAACUCCAGCCCCCCGGGCUCGGUGCCCACCCCAGGACCCCAGGGCCAGCACCCCAGUUCAGUCUCGGAUGAUAUGAACUCUCUGAACCGCAUCGCUGCGGCAACGCUUGGCAUGCGUAAGCACCCUGAUGACGCUACCUUCCUGAACAACAACAACUUCCAGCAAAACAAGCGGGUGCGCACGGAUGAAAACCAGGACGGAAACGACGGCGUGAACAAGCAGGAGGUCUCACAUGGUCUUCCUAUGGUAAACUAA